AUGCUCAGGGUUCAGCAGCUGCUGCUGCUGCUGCUGUUCUUCAGAGGAUCGCUAAUCAAUGCUGGUGCCUGGACUGGAGAUGCCACAGAUUCCAACCCUGAGGAUAGCCUGCAAUCUUCCCCAGAAAAGGGCUGGUGCUCUACGUGGGGAGAUGGCCACUUUUCCACCUUCGACCGCCAUGAGUAUGAUUUCAAAGGGAUGUGCAAUUAUGUAUUUACGGCCACAUGCGGGGAUGCCUUGCCCACCUUUAGCAUCCAGUUGCGGAGAGAUAGGGAUGGGAACAUUUCCCGGAUCAUCAUGGAACUAGGGGCCUCUGUGGUCACUGUGAGAAAGGCAGUCAUCUCUGUCAGGGACAUUGGGAUUGUUAGCCUGCCCUACACCAGCAACGGCCUCCAGAUCACGCCAUAUGGCCGGAGCGUGAGACUGGUGGCCAAGCAAUUGGAGCUGGAGUUAGUUGUCAUAUGGGGUCCAGAUGCCCAUCUUCUGGUCCUGGUAGAGAAGAAGUACAUGGGCAAGCUGUGUGGACUGUGUGGGAACUUUGACGGGAAGACGGACAAUGAAUUUCUAAGUGAGGAUGGCAAACUUCUGGAACCUCACAAGUAUGCCACACUCCAGAAGCUAGAUGACCCCAAUGAGAUCUGUGCCCAUGAAGCCAUCCCCAGCCCCACCACUCUGAAGACCAAAUAUGCCCAGAUCUGCAACCAGCUACUGACCCUGGUGUCCCCUGGGUGUGACGUGCCUAAGGAGCCACUGGUGCUGAGCUGCCAGGCAGACAUGGCUGAGUGUGCCCAGCCAGGCCAGCAAAAUUGCAGCUGCGCCACACUGUCUGAGUAUUCCCGACGAUGCAGCAUGGCAGGCAGGCCUGUUCGCAACUGGAGGACCCCUGGACUCUGCCCUGUGAGCCAGUGCCAGGCCAACCAGGUAUACCAGGAGUGUGGUGAAGUCUGCGUCAAGACAUGCUCCAAUCCGCAGCACAGCUGCUCCAGCUUCUGCACCUUCGGCUGCUUCUGCCCCCACGGUACACUACUUGAUGAUGUAUCCAGAAACCACUCCUGUGUGCCAAUCAGCCAGUGCCCCUGUAUGCUCAAUGGUGUGGUCUAUGGCCCUGGGGAGAUCACAAGGACAGCCUGCCGAACCUGCCAGUGUACCAUGGGCCGUUGGACGUGCACAGAGCAGCCAUGUCCUGGCCACUGCUCCCUAGAAGGUGGCUCCUUUGUCACCACAUUCGAUGCCAGACCCUACCGCUUCCACGGCACCUGCACCUACACUCUUCUCCAGAGCCCACAGCUUCCCAACGAAGGCACCCUCAUGGCUGUGUAUGAAAAGUCAGGUUACUCACACUCAGAGACCUCCCUAGUGUCUGUCAUCUACAUGUCCAAGAAGGACAAAAUUGUAAUCUCAGAGGAUGAAGUGAUCACCAACAAUGGGGACAUCAAGCUGCUGCCAUACAAGACACGCAACAUCACCAUCUUCAGGCAGACCUCCACCCACCUCCAGAUGGCUACCACUUUUGGACUGGAACUUGUGGUCCAGCUGCAGCCUGUCUUCCAGGUGUACAUCACAGUCGGGCCCCAGUUCAAAGGCAAGACCAGAGGGCUCUGCGGCAAUUUCAAUGGAGACACAACGGAUGAAUUCACAACCAGCAUGGGCAUUGACGAAGGCACUGCCUCACUCUUCGUGGACUCCUGGCGUGCAGGGAACUGCCCAGCUGCCCUAGAGCGUGAGACUGACCCCUGCUCUAUGAGCCAGCUCAAUAAGGUGUGCGCAGAGACCCACUGCUCCAUGCUGCUGAGGAAGGGCAGUGUGUUUGAGAAGUGCCACACUGUGGUGAACCCCCAGCCAUUCUACAAGAGGUGUGUGUACCAGGCCUGCAACUAUGAGGAGACCUUCCCUCACAUCUGUUCUGCACUGGGGGCCUAUGCCCAUGCCUGCUCCUCCCGAGGCAUCCUGCUCUUGGGCUGGAGGAACAGUGUGGACAAUUGCACUGUGUCUUGCACUGGCAACCGCACAUUCAGCUACAACAGCAAGGCCUGUGACCGCACCUGCCUGUCUCUGUCGGACCGUGAGACAGAGUGUCACACAAGUGCUGUGCCAGUGGAUGGCUGCAACUGUCCUGAAGGCACCUACUUGAACCACAAGGCAGAAUGUGUGCACAAGGCCCAGUGCCCCUGUCUUCUGGACAGCAACAAGUUCGUCCAGGCUGAUCAGUCAACCAUGAUCAAUGGGGUCAUAUGUUACUGCAUCAAUGGCCGCCUGAGCUGCCCACGGCAGGCAGAGAUGUUCUUGGCAUCCUGCCCAGAGCCCAAGACCUUCCAGUCCUGCAGCCAGUCGUCAGAGGACAAGUUCGGGGCUGCAUGUGCACCUACAUGUCAGAUGCUGGCCACAGGAAUUGCUUGUGUACCCACCAGAUGCGAGCCAGGCUGUACGUGUCCUAAGGGGCUCUAUGAAAACAGCAACGGGCAGUGUGUGCCUGCAGAGGAAUGCCCAUGUGACUUUGCAGGGACGUCCUAUCGUGGUGGUUCUGAGCUCCACACUGACUGUAAGACCUGCACUUGCUCACAAGGAAGGUGGACCUGCCAGCUUAGUGCACAAUGCCCAUCUACCUGUGUCCUCUAUGGCGAAGGCCACAUCGUAACUUUUGAUGGACAGCGCUUUGUGUUUGAUGGCAACUGCGAGUAUACUCUGGCCACGGAUGACUGUGGUGUGAAUAGCUCUCAGCCUACCUUCAAGAUCCUGACAGAGAAUGUCAUCUGUGGGAAGUCAGGGGUCACCUGCUCCCGAGCCAUCAAAAUCUCCCUGGGUGGGCUUUCCAUCACAAUGGCGGACAGAAACUACACAGUCAGCGGAGAAGAACCCCUGGUACACCUUCAGGUGAAGCCCAGCCCCCUGAAUCUCGUUCUGGACGUAGGCAUCCCUGGAAGGCUUAACCUGACACUUGUGUGGAACAAGCACAUGAGUGUCUCUAUCAAGAUCAGCCGUGCUACCCAGGAUGCCCUCUGUGGCUUGUGUGGCAACUCCAAUGGAAACAUGAAGGAUGACUUUGAGACACGCAGCAAAUAUGUGGCAUCCAGUGAACUGGAGUUUGUGAAUUCAUGGAAAGAAAGUCCACUGUGUGGGGAUGCGAGUUAUGUGGUGGAUCCCUGUAGCCUAAAUACCUUCCGGCGCUCCUGGGCUGAGCGCAAAUGCAACAUUAUCAACAGCCAGACCUUUGCCGCCUGCCACAGCAAGGUAUACCACCUGCCCUACUAUGAGGCCUGCGUGCGUGAUACCUGCGGGUGUGACAUGGGCGGAGACUGCGAGUGUCUGUGCGAUGCAGUGGCUGCUUAUGCCAAAGCCUGCCUGGACAAGGGCGUGUGUGUGGACUGGAGGGCCCCAGACUUCUGCCCUGUCUACUGUGACUUCUACAACAUCCACACACUGGUGGGUGAGAAUGAAUACCAGUAUGCUCGGGAGGCCAACUGCACGUGGCACUACCAGCCCUGUCUCUGCCCUGGCAGCUUGGGGAGCUUCCAGGACACCAACAUUGAAGGCUGCUACAACUGCUCCCAGAAUGAAUACUUCGACCACAAAGCAGGGACCUGUGUACCCUGUGCACCACCUACUACCACACUACCACCAGCCACCACAGGUUCACGACCUACCGCAACAACCCCCACCAGCACUGAGUUCCACAGUUCCAGCUCUGCAGCUACACCUGUGGGCCCCUCCUACUUGCCAGGUCUUCUGACCCCACCACCUUCAGCUCCAUCUUCCACUGAGGAAGUAACAGAUUGGUCCACCCCCAAGAAAUCCACGGUUUCCUCAGGAGAAUACCCUCAAACUACCAUGGCUACCACACUGACUUCAGCUUUGCCUCCUACAUCCAUACCCAAGUCAACACCAACAAGGCUUCCAGUGACACAAGCUACAACCAAGCCUACAUCAUCAUCCCAGAGCCCAUCCACAAAUACAACAGCUCAGUUCACAAAGAGUACCACUGUGACAACGUUAACUUCAGAAAAGCCAGAGAUAUCUACCAGCCAAGGAAUCUCCCAGCAGACCACGGCCACCUUCCCAACACCAUCAGCCCCUCAGACCUCUUUGACCACACCACUGCCAACAUUAUCAUCCUCCCCUGUGGCAACAUCUGAGAUACUUGGCAGCCCCACAAGCCAACACACAGCAUCAGCAGCUGCCACGUCCAGGCCACAGACCACCAUUCUGCAGAACUUCUACGUCCCACCCUCCAGAAAUUUCCUCCAUGACUUCCCAUGCAUCCGCAUCAGUUCCGGUAACAACCCUAGCAACACGGUCCACCCUGGCUGUAACCGGGAACCCUGUGGUCCACACCACCUCAGGCAGAACUUCUACGUCCCACCCUCCAGAAAUAUCCUCCAUGACUUCCCAUGCAUCCGCAUCAGUUCCGGUAACAACCCUAGCAACACGGUCCACCCUGGCUGUAACCGGGACCCCUGUGGUCCACACCACCUCAGGCAGAACUUCUACGUCCCACCCUCCAGAAAUUUCCUCCAUGACUUCCCAUGCAUCCGCAUCAGUUCCGGUAACAACCCUAGCAACAGGGUCCACCCUGGCUGUAACCGGGACCCCUGUGGUCCACACCACCUCAGGCAGAACUUCUACGUCCCACCCUCCAGAAUUUUCCUCCAUGACUUCCCAUGCAUCCGCAUCACUUCCGGUAACAACCCUAGCAACACGGUCCACCCUGGCUGUAACCGGGACCCCUGUGGUCCACACCACCUCAGGCAGAACUUCUACGUCCCACCCUCCAGAAAUUUCCUCCAUGACUUCCCAUGCAUCCGCAUCACUUCCGGUAACAACCCUAGCAACACGGUCCACCCUGGCUGUAACCGGGACCCCUGUGGUCCACACCACCUCAGGCAGAACUUCUACGUCCCACCCUCCAGAAAUAUCCUCCAUGACUUCCCAUGCAUCCGCAUCAGUUCCGGUAACAACCCUAGCAACACGGUCCACCCUGGCUGUAACCGGGACCCCUGUGGUCCACACCACCUCAGGCAGAACUUCUACGUCCCACCCUCCAGAAUUUUCCUCCAUGACUUCCCAUGCAUCCGCAUCACUUCCGGUAACAACCCUAGCAACACGGUCCACCCUGGCUGUAACCGGGACCCCUGUGGUCCACACCACCUCAGGCAGAACUUCUACGUCCCACCCUCCAGAAAUUUCCUCCAUGACUUCCCAUGCAUCCGCAUCACUUCCGGUAACAACCCUAGCAACACGGUCCACCCUGGCUGUAACCGGGACCCCUGUGGUCCACACCACCUCAGGCAGAACUUCUACGUCCCACCCUCCAGAAAUAUCCUCCAUGACUUCCCAUGCAUCCGCAUCAGUUCCGGUAACAACCCUAGCAACACGGUCCACCCUGGCUGUAACCGGGACCCCUGUGGUCCACACCACCUCAGGCAGAACUUCUACGUCCCACCCUCCAGAAAUUUCCUCCAUGACUUCCCAUGCAUCCGCAUCAGUUCCGGUAACAACCCUAGCAACACGGUCCACCCUGGCUGUAACCGGGACCCCUGUGGUCCACACCACCUCAGGCAGAACUUCUACGUCCCACCCUCCAGAAAUUUCCUCCAUGACUUCCCAUGCAUCCGCAUCACUUCCGGUAACAACCCUAGCAACAGGGUCCACCCUGGCUGUAACCGGGACCCCUGUGGUCCACACCACCUCAGGCAGAACUUCUACGUCCCACCCUCCAGAAUUUUCCUCCAUGACUUCCCAUGCAUCCGCAUCACUUCCGGUAACAACCCUAGCAACACGGUCCACCCUGGCUGUAACCGGGACCCCUGUGGUCCACACCACCUCAGGCAGAACUUCUACGUCCCACCCUCCAGAAUUUUCCUCCAUGACUUCCCAUGCAUCCGCAUCACUUCCGGUAACAACCCUAGCAACACGGUCCACCCUGGCUGUAACCGGGACCCCUGUGGUCCACACCACCUCAGCGCUACCUAUCACUUCUACGACUGCCUUUACCCCAGUUUCUUCACCGUUCACAACAUCAAGAACUUCUCCCUUGUUGUGGAGUCCACCCUUAGUGUCCCACAGCUCUACUGUUUCCCAUUCCUUGUCCCCACUGCCUACAUCUGUGUUCCUGAGCCAUCCUGCUACUCCUACUGGAAGUUCCUCACCUUCUACCCCAGUGUCGCCCUCCAAUCCAGACUCCUUGAUCUCCUCUCCACCCACCCAUCCUGGAGCCUGCAGCUUGCAGGAAGAGGAGCGACAGAUUACCUACCAGGGCUGCGUGGCAAAUGUGACUCUAACUCAUUGCCAGGGUUUCUGUGCCUCCUCUGUCAGGUUCAAUCCGGACACCUUGCAGUUGGAGACACACUGUGGUUGCUGCCAGCCCCUUAGCACCUAUGAGAAGCAAUUCCCCCUGCCCUGCCCAGAUCCCAAUAUACCAGGCCAGCAGCUCACACUUACCCUCCAAGUGUUCAGCAGCUGUACAUGUAGCUCCCUGCAAUGCAAGAACUAA